UAAUACAUGUACUAAAUGUGUGUGUGUAUGCUUGUAGGUGUAAUGGGUGCUGUCGUGGCCCCCCUCACCCUGUUGGGUGGUCCCCUGAUGAUGCGUGCAGCGUGGUACACAGCAGGUAUCGUGGGCGGUCUCUCCACUGUGGCCAUGUGCGCUCCUAGUGAGAAGUUCCUGAACAUGGGCGGGCCGCUGGCCUCCGGCCUCGGAGUCGUCUUCGUCUCCUCACUGGGCACCAUGUUUCUGCCCCCCACCUCGGCGUUCGGAGCAGGUCUGUACUCUGUGGCUGUUUACGGAGGUCUGAUCCUCUUCGGCAUGUUCCUGUUGUACGACACACAGAAGGUGAUCAAACGAGCCGAGACGUACCCGCUGUACGCCGCGCAGAAAUACGACCCAAUCAACGCCUGUAUGGGAAUCUACACAGACACACUGAACAUCUUCAUCAGAAUGGUCAUGAUUUUGGCGAACGGUGGUGGAGGAAGGAAGAAGUAAAUCAUCAUCAUUACACUUCUUAACAUCUGAGGAAGUAAGAGAUUGGACUGAAGUGUUCAUAAGAGGGAAAAUCCAACCCAUUCCUGCUUUUGGGGUUUAGUUGUCAGGUCUAUCCUCCAUCAGAAGCUCACUGGUCAGCGAGAGCUCCUCAAUACGCCUGAUUUAUAGAUGUAUUUAUUUUCAAAGAGCUGUGUUUAUCUGUGAUUUAUCUCUGUGCUCAGUCUGUGUGCAGUGGAACUUCAUUAGCACUGUGUUCAGGUCAUACUGCUGUGCUAGAUUCUCUGCUUCAUACUUUUUCUUUCAGUAAAUAAAAUUCUGCAUGUGUCGAGCAGAAAAGAGUUCUAACAUUUUAAACUCUUAACAUUUAAAGAGUUGGAUCCAGUUGCAUUUAUUUUACUAUGCAAUAAAUAAAAUAUCAAAAUAAUAAA